UGUGCGCGCGACUUCUCUUUUGGCACGCGCUGCGCACUUGGCAGCGACGCUCAGAGCAGUGAGGUGCGUGUAACGGAGAGCUAAAAUUGGUUUCGUGAUGAGGAAAAGUGAAGGAGCAGAGCGUUGCGAUCUGUUCUCUUGUCUUCGUUGAAAAAACACACGGCUCAUCCUUCCUUAUCAUUGAAUUCAACUGAGAGACACGAAUCGGAACUCUUUUUGCGUCAUGAAACUGAAUUAUUUGACUUUUUCUCAAAAGGAGACAUGGUCGAUUGAACAUUAAUACGACAUUCAGGCAAACAAAAACUUAAUAUUUUAAUCACAUUCAACACAAUAUUUUUUUUCCUCAGUAUAGGAAUGGAUUCGCUCAUCACUUCCACUGACUUCCAAAGUAACUGGACAAACAACUCCACCACACAGAAUGAAACCGAGAUAUAUUGGAACCAGUUUGUGCAACCGGUUUGGAGGAUAGUGCUCUGGGCAGUGGCUUACAGCACAAUUGUCAUCGUCUCCGUGGUGGGCAAUGUAACGGUGAUAUGGAUCAUUUUGGCGCACAAACGCAUGAGAACCGUGACGAACUAUUUCCUAGUGAACUUGGCGUUCGCCGAAGCGUCAAUGUCCGCAUUCAACACCGUUAUAAACUUUGUCUACUCCGUGCACAAUGAGUGGUAUUUCGGACUCUAUUACUGCCGAUUCCACAACUUCUUUCCCAUAGCCGCCGUCUUCGCUUCCAUAUAUUCAAUGACUGCGAUUGCGCUCGACAGAUACAUGGCCAUCAUUCACCCCCUGCAGCAGAGGAUGUCUGCAACCCAGACGAAGGUGGUUAUCGGGGUCAUCUGGGUACUGGCUCUCCUGCUGGCCUUCCCCCAAUACUACUACUCCGACACGGACCAGCUGCCCGGCAGGGUGGUCUGCUACAUCGACUGGCCUGAGUACACCGUCCUGGACUUCAAAACAAUGUACUUUGUGUGUGUAGCAGUGCUGAUUUACUUCCUCCCUCUCCUGGUGAUGGGUUGCGCUUACCUGGUGGUGGGUUUGACUCUGUGGGCCGGCGAGAUCCCAGGAGAUUCGUCUGACCGUUAUCAAGAGCAGCUGAACGCCAAACGCAAGGUGGUGAAGAUGAUGAUUGUGGUGGUAUGUACUUUCGCUGUUUGCUGGCUCCCCUACCACGUCUAUUUCCUGAUUCACCAGUUCUACCCGCACCUGUUUGAGCAUCCCUUCAUUCAGCAGGUCUAUCUGACUAUCAUGUGGCUGGCAAUGAGCUCCACAAUGUACAACCCCAUUAUCUACUGCUGCCUCAAUGACAGGUUCCGCGCCGGAUUUAAGCAAGCAUUCCGCUGCUGUCCAUGCGUCCCUGAGGGAUCCUACGAUGGUCUAGAGCUCAAGUCCACCCGGUACCUUCAAACCCAGACCAGUUUGUACAGAGCCAGUCGAAUGGAGACCACUGUGUCAUGCGUGAUGCAGCCAUGUGAAGACAGCCAAAAGGGCACGUUCGGGAGCAUCAGGGGGGCCGCUGGGAGAUCGGCAGUUCACAGUCCCUCCAGGGAAUUCGCCUCCAAUGGUUCGUCCUCUCGCAGCAUCUCCAAAACCGUGUCGGAGACCUCUAGCUUUUACUCCAGUAAUAACCUACAAGAAUGAGAGAAGUCAGAAGCACAAGUCAAGGAGACCGAAUGCCACUAUUUUUGCAGAGACGUAAUCAUUUAACAAAUUCUCUUCAGUGUAAAUCUUGAGUGUGUGCAGAUGUGUGCGUUUUAGCUGGUUGAGUACACACACGCUAAGCAUUUUUAAUUUUCAAACGAUCCUUCAUCUUUCAUUCUUGUCACAUUCUAUUCAUGAGGUUCAUAAUUGUGAUUAGAGGAACAUUUACAUUGAUUUUUUGGGGAAAUGCUUUUUUUUUUACCAAAGUGAUAUAAAUGACAUUGCAUUGUGCUGACUUAAAAGAGAGCCUGAUUGGUUGAUCCUGCAAUCCCUGAAGGCAUUUUAAAUGUUUACAUUAAUGGACAUUUGAUGCAGUGUGGAACAAUGAAUCAUUAUAGUGUAAAUAUUGAAUAUGACCACUUAUAUUGGUCUAUCGUCGUAUAAGUAACAAAACCAAACUAUAAUGGGAAUAAGUUAAGAAAUAUCAGCGAAAGUACCUUUCUUGAUCCCCUGAGUCUCUAAAGAUGGCCCACCGGGUUCAUAUGAUACCUGAGCAUGUGUGGUUUCUUCAGUGCUUUAUCUGCAGACUUCACAGCGUAUUUUCUUUGUAAGCACAUUCUGCCUUCAAAGUCUCUAAACUGGCUGAGACUGAAGAAAAACACAGAGGGCAGAGAUUAUACUACUGCAAAUGCCUUGGUGGCUUCAUGGUCAGUUAGAGCAAUGAUCCAGCCUGUGAAAUGGAAAUGAACUAUGUCAGUUGCCAAUAUCAACACCUUGUAGCUACACAGGCAGAUACAAAGGAACAAUAUUAAAUUAAAUGACUUUUCAAGGUGUGCCUGGAAACACAAAUGCGUGGCGGUGAAACCUCUGAAUGCCUGUCCUGAUUUUGUGUGCGCUGAAGAAUAGAUCUAGGGAAAAAAAAUGUGACGAGAGGAGAAUUUUUGUAGACAGGAUUUUCCUUCUGACUGCCUUUUGUUCUUUUGUUUCUCUCUCCCUGUCUGCUUACCUUUAUUUUCUUUUUAUUAUUAAUAUAUAUAUAUAUAUUUUUUUUUAUAACUGACCAUUCGCUAAGCUCCGCGCCUUGGUUACUGUUGCCAUCUUGGUUACUGUGGCUUAUAGAACAUCCCAUUGGAAUGAACUGGAGAUGGACAAUGUGAUUAAAGGUGAAAAGUGCUCAUACAGUGGCAAAAAUUGAUUAGAUUUUAAUAACUAUUGGAAUAUUAUGUCAUAUUGAGGGGCCAAGCACAGAUGGUGCGAUGACACCCAUUGUAUCCAUUGGCAUUCUUAUUGUUCUUCUUCCAUUUCUUCCACUCUAGUCAAUGCCAGUGCAUAGAACCGUUUGUGGUAAAGUUAUGAAAUUGGCACACAGAUAGACGACAGUCUCAACAUUAACCAUAACAAUUUUGGCUUUUCUACCUCAAACUCUGUAGCGCCAUCACUUGUUCAAAGUUUUACUCAUGUUUAUGUCAAUAACUUUUGAACCAAACAUUUUAGAUGGAAAGAUUCCUUUGCUCAUGCCGAGUCGAAUUAACACCAAAAUGUAAAAUUAUACAAGUCAAGAUUUUUCAUAAUUUAUAAUAUUUUGAAAAACUUACUUUUUCGAACUCAGACUAGACAGACUAGAACUCACCCUAGACAUCCUAGGUUUGUCUGAUUUUCACCAAAAUUGGCUCAGAUCAUCUUCAGACCAUAGUGGCAAAAAGUUAUGAAAUUCAAGUUGAUUAGUAAAACCGUUCUCGAAUAACGCACAUUCGAAUAACGAAUUUGAAAAAAGUGCAAGCAAAGAUGGAUGUGAGGCUGUAUCUCUGCAAUGCUUCAGUGUAUUGAGACCAAAUUUGGUGUGUGUUAUAAUAAUCAUGACCUGAGGCUACCUGCACAGUUUUGGUGCGGCUCUAUCUAGUGGUCAGGAGAUAUGAAAAAUGUCUAUUUUUCCUUAUAACUUCUGAAUGGUUUGACCAAAAAUCACAACUGGUCUCUUUAGAUUCAAUGCAGCAUGCACAAAACUCUGUAUGUGUCUUCGGCACUAUGCCCUGAUGGUACUCAAAAUGUUUUGGAGCAGCGUCACCUUGUUGUCAAAACUUAUAAUGAAAUUUCCAAAAAUUCUAAUAACUUUCGUGUUUAUUAACCUAUUGUAAUAAAACAUAGUCAGCCGAAAUUCCUGUCCGCCAUUUUGACUUAUGUUAAAAACCUACUUUUUUGAAAUCCUCCAUUUGUCCAAAUUUCACCAAAUUUGACUCUUGAUUAUUUGAUUAUUUUCAGACCAUGCUGGUAAAAAGUUACGCAUUUCGUAUUGAUAUACAAAACAGUUACUGUAUAACGCAUCAAUGAAUUUGCCAGGUUAAUGCCAAACUGCGUCUGAAGCUGUAUGGGGCCAUUCACACAGAACGCGUUUUUUUCAUUCCAGUGCGCUACUUUUCCAUUGUUUUUUAUGUAAACACGCACUUGACCGUUACACUCGCGUCUCGCAUCUUUUGCAGCACCCCGCACAUGAGCGCAGCGUUUUUAGGACGCCGUGUCAACUUAAAAGAAUUUCAACUUUUACAUGCAACACUGCUCAUCAAUGUCAGAUCCAAAGCAGUGGACCAAUCAGAAAACCUCAGAGGCGGGGCAGCGUUGCAAGCUUCUGUUUACAGUAGCAAGUUGGUUUGACAAACGUUUUAUUUGACAGCAACAUGGCGGAGGAGGCGCCACCUAUUGGUCAAUAACAGUGCCACCUAACAGCGCCACCUAUUGGUCAAGAGUGAUAAACCAUACAUGAACCAUUAAUAAUAAAAUUUCCAAAAAUGCUAACUGCUAUUAUUUUUCAGCCGCUUUGCUUAAAAUCAUAAAUACAUCUUUAAUUACUCAUUGAUGCAGUUGGUCUAUCAGUCUAUCAUUGCUGGCAUGACUUAUCUUGCCUUCCUUAUGCUUGGCCCUUUAAUUGCUGCUUGCAGCUAUAUUUUAAUUUAGUGUUGCUAUGGUGUUGCGGAGUGUUAAGUAGGCCGUCCACCACAAUCUACUUAUGCUUUUGCAAAAUGCAGUCCUGAAUGAUUCAAACACUCAUUCACAACACUUAAAAAGGUCGCAUCGUUUGUAAAUAAAAUUAAAAGAUUUGAGUCAUCAGGAUGAACCAUAUCAUACCUGCUACUUCUAAGUGGAUUGCUGACUGUGGUUUGACAAGGUGGUUAGGGAAAUGAAGCAGGGGAUCAACAGAUUGACACCAGCAGGUACACAAGUACCACUAUCCACCUUUUUUUUCAUGUAAGAGUGGGCGUGGCCAUUUGUUAAUUUUAUGGGUUUGGCUUCCGGGUUCAUCUGCGCCCAGCUAUUUUUAGCUGUACAAAACAGCUUGUUUUGCUGCAUGAUAUUGCAAAUUGGUGUGUCUUACUAUAUUGUUUUAAAGUAUUAUCUUAAUUUUGAACACGCUGGUUUGUAGCAAACAGUUUUACCAUUUUUGUUAUUUCCCUAUAGUGGCUAAUGAACCGAAAAUCUCGCCCAUAAGCUUAUUUCCACGUUGAAGAAAAGGUGGAUAUGUCUCUGGGUGGACAUAACAGUCAUUGAGGUUCGAUUGGUCAGUAGGCGGGGCUUAGUCAAGUGCCAAUUCCGUAGUCAUUCUGCUGUUCCAGCAUUCUCACGCACACAUUCCCCUCACACUGGACAAGGCCAGAGUAAAAUUAGCUCUUCAGACACCUCCCUUGAUACAGUCACAGCAAUAUGAUACUGAGGUACACAGGAUUAUGGGACAAAAGGAGUGGAUGUGAGAUGGGGGGUUGAAGUGACCACCUGCUGCUGUUCUUGACUGGGAUUGUGACAGUGGUGUCUGUUUCUAAAACGUAGGCCCAUGCUGUUCUUACGUAUGACUUAUAACAGACCGGCUCUUUGCAUGUUUGUGCGUGUGAGGUUUCAUUGUUCACACAGUGGCAGAAGGCUUGUUAUGGUGCAAUAUGUUCGGAAUGUUUCGGACGGUAAAUGACUGUGAUCUGAAUGUGCCUGACUGUUUGGCAGGUGCUGACAGCUCGUUCCAGGAAUAAAUGAACCACACGCUGUUCCUGAUCGUUUUUAGAAAUUCAGAACUGGUUGUGAGGCUUAUGAAAUGCAUCUGCCUUCAUACUAUACGUAUACACUACCGGUCAAACGUUUGCAGUCAUUUUAAUGCUGCACCAAAUCAGCAUUUUAGAUUUCUGAAGGAUCACAGAAGACUGAAGUAAACGCUGCUAAAAUGCUGCUAGCUUUGCAUCACAGGAAUAAAUUAUGUUAAAAUAUGUUAAAAUAGACAAGUUUGAUUAAAUUGUAAAUAUAUUUUGCAACAUUAUUGUUUUUACUGUGUCAAACACAUGCAGCCUUAGUGAGCAUAAGAGACUUCUUUCAAAAACACUAAGAUAUCUUAUUCCAAUAUACAGCUGAAGUCAAAAGUUUACAUACACCUUGCAGAAUCUGCAAAAUGUUCAUUAUUUUACCUAAAUAAGACGGAUCAUACAAAAUGCAUGUUUUUUUUUUAUUUAGUACUGACCUAAUUAAGAUAUUUCACAUAAAAGACAUUUACAUGUAGUCCACAAAAGAAAGUAAUAGUUGAAUUUAUAAAAAUGACCCUGUUCAAAAGUUUACAUACACUUGAUUCUUUUUUUGUUGUUGUUUAGUGGUAGUUGUUCAUGAGUCCCUUGUUUGUCCUGAACAGUUAAACUGCCCGCUGUUCUUCAGAAAAAUCCUUCAGGUCCCACAAAUCUUUUGGUUUUUCAUCAUUUUUGUGUAUUUGAACCCUUUCCAACAAUGACUGUAUGAUUUUGAGAUCAGUCUUUUCACACUGAGGACAACCGAGGAACUCAUAUUCAACUAUUACAGAAGAUUCAAACGCUCAGGACGACACACAAUGCAUUAAGAGCCGGGGGGUGAAAACUUUUUGAAUUUGAGGAUCAGGGUAAAUUUAACAUAUUUUGUCUUUUGGUAAACAUGUAAGUAUCUUCUGUAGCUUCUGAAGGGAAAAAAUUAUUUAGGCAGAAUAAGAAAAAUCUACACAUCUUCAUUCUGUUCAAAAGUUCUGGCUCUUAAUGUAUCGUGUUUUGUAUGAUCCCUUUAAUUUUGGUAAAAAAAUAAUUAACAUUUUGCAGAUUCUGCAAGGUGUAUGUAAAGUUUUGACUUCAACUGUAAAUCUGUGCCCAAAAGUGAAAAUUUGGUCAUUGUUUAUGCUCAUGUCAUUCCAGAUCUUUAUGAAAUUGAAACAUUUAUGGUUUCUUCUGUGCAAAAUAAGUUAUUUUGAAGAAUGUUUCAGCCAUACUAUAAAAAGUAACAAAGCCAGAACCCCAUUUUUCAAAAUAUUUUAGUUCCACAGAUAAAAAGCAAGUCAUACAGGUUUGGAACAACAUGUUCCACAUCAAAACGCUCAUUUCUGGGUAAACAGUUCUUUAAAGAUGAACAUAAGGAAUGUCUGAUGAGAAAGGCAUGUAGGUGAUCGCAUACAAAAAAAGAGCAAUUCAAGCUUUGUCCAUCUGCCAGUUUGGGUUUUGUGGCACCUCUGUGGACCAUACUUAUCUAUGUGAGUGUGAGCACAGGAGAAUUUGCUCUCAUCAGCUCUAUCUCUCUAUAAUCAGAGUAAUUACCCAAGAGAAGAGAACACAGAGGGGAGGACAACAGCUGUGUAUGAAAGCAUUCACACACAGAUUCAUCCACCCUCCAGCGUUCCUCACAUCCCUCCCAAGGCAAUUCUGCUUGGCUGCUUAAUUUCACUCAAAGUUAUUAUUCGUGUUCUUAUGUAAACAUAGUGAGCGUGCGUGAGUGAGUAUGUGUGUGUGUUUAAACAUACCUCUACAUGAGUCCAGCUGGUAUAGUUCAUCAGUUAUUCAGAAAGAAAGAUGCGCUUUGAUUUCCAUCCAGCACAGGAGGCCCGGACUGCUGGUUUCACUGACUGGAAAUGUACUAUAAGACUCUGAUCAUAAGAAUUCUUGGCAACACUUUCAUUAGUUACAUUAAAGGGGUCAAGACAUAAUGUUUAUGUCAGUUUUGUGCUUUUUUGCACCAAGGACAGUCGUAAUUUAGUUAUGACCAUUUUCCACCAUCUCUCUGACAUUCUGAAUUUAUCAAGCCAUUUUGCUGCUGUACCUUUAGGUUUUUUGUGUAUAUUUCCUUUUUUUUUUGCGAAAAGAGCAACAGCGCUUACUUAUGUGUUGAGAAUUUGCUGUUUAAUAGAGUUGGCGCUGCUCCAUCUUUCAGUACCACUGUCAUUGCAAAGCCUGCAUUACAAUGUGACAAGGUUCACAAAACAACAUCUGCGCACUAGGUAAGGUCAGACUGAAAUGAUUGGGACCUUGGCAAAAUAUAACUUCAGUCUUUAGAAGGCCAUGCACAGUCCCACAUCUUUUAUCAUACAUUUUAUGCCUUUUAUCAUUCAUUUUUUAUGCUUUUAGUUACUUGUCACAUCAGUUAUUAGAUAGAUCAAUUAAAAUCCAACCCCUUAACCAUAUACUAAAAAUGUUGUACAGAUCGUUAUUUUAUGUAUAUGUAAACAGUUAAAAAUAUAAUUAAACUUUAACUCGUAUAUUUUCAUAUGUAUGUUCAUAUUUGAAAGUACAUCAUCAAUUGAUCUGUUAAAAAUAUAAUUGUUAAAGACUUAUUAAUGAAAGUUUAACCUUGCGUUGCCUGUUAAUGAGUUUACCAAGCUAAACGGUAUUCUGUAAAUACUUAUUAUUAUAUGCUUUCGGUAGUGGUUUCCCAAAUAUGUGUUUGUGUUAUAUUCUAAAAGAGUUACUUUAUAAUGCUGUAUGACUGAACAUGCAUCAACAAGAAGUUGUAACUAAAAUAAUGGCCAUCCACUUUUGCUUUCAGUGUUGUGCUGGGUUGCUCUCAUUUAUGUAUGCUUUUGUAAAGGAUUUUGUAUGCAUUCUGUAUUCUUUGUCUAAAAUAUCUGUAUUCAGGCCUGUGCGCUCUGAAGGGAAGAGUUUGAACACCUCCAUUUGACAUUAGAAGUCGUGGAGCAAAUCAAGCAAGUUCAGCUAGUUAAGAUAGAUCAUGUUAAUCCUUUGCGACACAAAAGAGCCACUGAAGUUAAUAAGCAGACAGAAAGACAGAAGUCUGUGUCUCAGAGUAAAGAGUAGAGGUAUCAAUGUCUUGUUGAAAUUCCACUCAGUUUGUCUGGUCAGAUGCUGAGUUGUGCCCUGUCUGCGGAGCAGGGUUGAUCUUUGUUGCUCCUAUGAAAGCUGUCAAAAAGAGUUAGUCUAAGUCAAUCUGUUUUGCCGCCUUCUUUUCUUAAGAAAGCUUUGCAGACUUGUGGUGAAUCUCUAAAGAAUUCAUUGUUACAUAUUCAGUGGUGUAGUUGACUUUGUGCUCUGCAUUUACAGCUAAAUUUAUUCAUUUUAAAUAUACAUUUUAAAAUUUUACUUAAUAUUGUAUUUUAUUAUUUUAAAAUAAAUAGCUUCUACAUGUUUACUCAAUUAAAUUGCACAUUUAUUGCACAAGUUUUUAGGGAUGCACAGUAUAUUAUUUGUACAUUUCAUCUAAUGUUCACUUAUAAUUUAGUAAACACUAAUUAAAUAAAACUAUCAAAUGUAAUCUUUAGAAAAUCUUUUAAAGGGUUAGUUCACCCAAAAAUGAAAAUUAGCCCAUUAUUUACUCACCCUCAAGGCAUCCCAGGUGUAUAUGACUUCCAUCUUUCAGAUGAUUCUAAUCAGAGUUACAUAAAAAUUGUUCUGGCUCUUCCAAGCUUUAUAAUGGCAAUGAGAUGAUUCUACUUUUCAACAGUCCAAAACAAGUCCAAUAAAGUGCAUCCAUCCAUAAUAAAAAGUGCCUCACACAGCUGCGGGGGCUGAAUAAAGGAAUGAAUGAAUCGAUGCAUUUUUGUAAGAAAAAUUUCCAUAUUUAAAACGUAAUAAUCAUUUUUCUCUAGCUUGUUUAGAAGUGAUGAACGCGAAACAAAACAAAACAACGAUCACGAAUUAGAAGUACAAAACGAUGAUUUGUAAAGAAAAAAUGUUGGAGGAUUUUGAUAAAAGCCAAGAGGGGACUGGUUUUCCUUUGCUAAAGUAAGAAAACUUUGCUUCCUUUGCUUCUGUAAACAAAUGUUGGUUUUUGCGAGACUCACAAUUGCAUGCGCAAUGCAUAUGUCCAAUUAAAUAUGGAUAUUUUUAUUAUAAAACACACCGAUUCGCUACAGGAGGCCUUUAUUCACCCCCUGGAGUCAUGUGAGGCAUUUUUUUACAAUGGAUGGAUGCACUUUAUUGGACUUGUUUUAGACUGUUAAAGAGAAACACCCACCCAUUGCCAUUAUUAAGCUUGGAGGAGCCAGAACAAUUUUUAAUAUAUCUCCGAUUGCAUUCGUCUGAAAGAAGUCAUAUACACCUAGGAUGCCUCGAGGGUGGGUAAAUAAUGGGCUAACUUUCAUUUUGGGGUGAACUAUAUUAAACAUUGAUUUUUCAUAUUAUAUAUUAUAAUGUUGUGGAAAAAAUCACUUGUAGCAUUUGAAACUAUGGCUUUUCUAUUUUAGUUUCACUUUAUGAUAAAAUAAACACUUUAUAACAUUUAUCAGUUUUUAGCCAUAUAACAAAAAUAAUCCUUGGAUUAUCUCUAUUAGAAUUUUAACAUCAGUGCAUCCAUACAAAUUUUAUGCUAAGUGCGUCUUGGAAAUUACUAGGUACGAUAUAAAUUUAAUUACUGAGUUGAAUAAAAAAGUUGUAGCAUGUGAGGAAAAGAUGAGACUGUGAAAACCAAAACCCAAAAUAAAUAGCUCAGACUUGAUAGACAGGUAGAAAUUGAUUAAAUAAAACAAUCAAUGGACCAAAUCAUAGUGUGAAUGAGGGAGAAAGAUAAAAUGGAAGCCGAGAUCACUUGGGGCUUUACAAAGAUGAAGCGAAGUCUAGUUAUUAUGCCUGGUCUUUACCGCUCAUGGAAGCCGAGGAGUUAUUUCUCCUUUUGCUCUUCGAUUCAAGUAGCAACAUUUCUCAGAGGGUAUGACUGACAGCUAGACUACAAGAUGAUCCUUGGGAUGUCCCGCUAAUACUAAUGAACUCUAAGAGUUCAGAGGAUCUUGAAGCAAGUCAGGGGUUUUAUAUGAGGAUAUUUUUCCUACAAUUCACUGAGGUUGCCACUUCAAAGAUGGUUCGGAAUUACAACAAUGUUUACAUUCUUUUACCUGAUCCUUUUGUUGAACAGCAAGAGCGGAAGACGGUGGUCUUCCACUAGAGCUUUGGUAGUCAGUGCCUCUAUCCAACUCUCACAGCCUUUUAGAUGCUAAAGAGACAAAAUAUGGAUUUCAAACAGCAGAACAGGUCUAGGCAUGUCUACAUCUUUCAAGAUAAGAUUAAAAAAGCCUCAUUUUUGAGUGACUUUUUUUUUUAUAAAAAUGAAACAGAAGAAAUAGAAGACCUCUUACAACAUUUGUGAAUUCACACUUUCAAAUCAGUGCCUGAAUACUGUCUUUCUAAAGCCUGUCUACAUAGUUAUUAAAUGGUGAAGUGUGUAGAUGUUCAACAAUAAUGUUAUUAUUUCCCUCAAUGUGCCAUUUUAAAAUGUUUGUAUUGGAAAACCGGUCGCUUACGUCCCUUUAAGUUGUUUAGUCAAGUCAGAAAUGCUAUUGUAAGUCAAAGUAUAAAUAUGUUACUUGCAUUUAAAGAAUAAACAAUAAAUCCUA